GCCAAAUCGACAACGAGUAGCCAAAAUUUGUGUAUCAUCACACAUGACUGUAUGUUGAAGCCAUACCUUCAAGGAGCUAUACGCCAAGGCACACGCGCUGCGAGUCGCCAAUUCUGUACACAGUCCUUGUCUUUACGCCUCCAAUCACUCCGAUUGAAAGACCCUUCAUCCAUCUCUCUCACUCACACAGCCUACAGAGGCAGCAUAAACACGUCGCAACUCAUCAGAUUCUGCAGCAGCUGUUCAACCACCGAUAGUGAUAUUACAGUCACCAUGACCGGGAAGGAGCAGAUCUUCACCUACGAUGGCAAGGACUACAAGGGCGUGACCGAGGGCAAGGCCACGAUCUUAGUCCCCGCGGAAGUCAACGACAAGGGCCAGCAGGUGUUCUACAACCCCAUCCAGCAAUUCAACCGUGAUCUAUCCGCGCUAGCCAUUAGAGUGUACGGUGAGGAGGUCGUCGAGAGGAAGGCUGCGCAGGCUGCGAAGGCGGCCGAGGCCGCUGCCAAGCGCAAGGACAAGAAGAGACGGCGCGCGGCUGCGGAUGAGGGCGGCAACCGGCCGGUCAAGGUCCAGGUUACAGACGACGGCAAGGCCGCUGAGGCUACCAACGGCAGUGAGACGCAACCCGAGAAUGGCGUCAAUGGCACUAGCACCGAGGCCCAGGAACCGCAGGCGACUUCAACAGUCGCCGAGGUGCCUGCAAAAGCCACGGAAGCCAAGGAGGGCCAGACCGAGGGUGAAGACGCAAAGGCUGUGCCGGAGAAGGAGACGGCCCCUCCUCGCUUUACCAUCCUGGACGCCUUGUCAGCCUCUGGUCUUCGGGCGCUGCGCUACUCCCACGAGCUGCCUUUUGUGACCUCGGUAACCGCCAACGACCUGACUAAGAGUGCGAUUGAGUCAAUGAAGUUGAAUAUCAAGCACAACGGACUGGAGGACAAGGUUGUGACGAGCCACGACGAUGCGAUUGCGCAUAUGUACCGGCGCAUCGCAGACGACUUGUCGAACAGAGAUCGAUUCGGUAACCCCAGCAAGGAAAACAGGUAUGAUGCGAUCGAUCUGGAUCCCUACGGAACGGCCGCGCCCUUCCUGGAUGCCGCUAUUCAGGCCGUUAGAGACGACGGUGGCUUGCUUGCCGUCACCUGCACCGAUGGCAGUCACUGGGCAGGUCACUGCUACGCCGAGAAGUGCUUCUCCUUGUACGGCGGUGCCCCCGUCAAGGGUCUUCACUCGCACGAAGUUGGCAUUCGCCUGAUCCUCCACGCCUUGGCAAGCGCUGGAUCAAAGUAUGGUCUGACCAUUGAGCCGCAGCUGUCCCUCUCCAUCGACUUUUACUGCCGAGUCUUUGUCAAGGUCCGCAAGUCCAAGGACGCGGUCAACUACCAGGGCGGCAAGACGAUGAUCAUGUACAACUGCCCCGGGUGCUCGGCUUGGGAGACGCAGCCCAUGGUCCGGACGCGCGCUGCGCCCAAGAAGAAGGAGGGAUACUUUUACAAGCACGGGUUGUCCCAGGGACCCCCUACCGACUCGCACUGCAGACACUGCGGUUCAUCGAUGCACAUUGCGGGACCCAUGUACAGCGGUCCUUUGCACGAUCCCGAGUUUAUCCAGCGUAUUCUCGACGUCUUGCCGACGGUCGACAAGAGCGUGUACCAGACGACGUCUAGAAUCGAGGGCAUGCUCCAGACGGCUCUCGAAGAAUAUCUCCCGGGCCCGGAACCAGCGGAGGACCUCGACCCCAAGGACAAGGAGCUCGCGAGGGUGGACCACUACCCCUUCUUCGUCAUGCCUUCGAGGUUGGCCGGUACGUUGAGCACGCAGCAGCCGCCGGACGACAUGUUUAGGGGUGCGCUGAAGCACCUAGGCUACCGCGUCACCCGUAGCCAUUGCCGGCCCGGAAGCGUCAAGACGGACGCGCCGUGGGAUACGAUUUGGUUCGUUAUGCAGGAAUGGGUUCGCCAGAAGGCGCCGGUACGCACAGAGAAGAUCAACUCGCAGAUGCCGGCGUACAAGCUCCUGGGUCUGGACAAGACGGACAACUUGGAUACCAACGGAAAUGCCACAGAAGUCAAGAAGGCCGAUGCGACAGUGGAGGUGGCGGCGGAAGUGGAGGAGGAGGCUGCCAAGGAGGAGGAGGAGGAGGAGGAGGAAAAGACUACGGACGUCGAGAUGAAGGACGGGUCGGAAGACAAGGUCGAACAGAAGCUGUCCGAGGAGGCGCUGCGUAAGACGCUCGUGUUCGACGAGAAUCUCGCCAAGCUCGGCAAGCGUAGGGAGCAGAGAAAGUUGGUCAGAUACCAGAUGAACCCGCGGGAGAACUGGGGCCCCAUGACGAGGGCGAAGGGCGCGUGAUCGCACGGGACACGGGAAGAAGAAAAACACAGUCGACUUUAGCCGAGAUGAAGCAUUAUCAGAUUGAUCAACACUUGAAGCCGUGCAAUGCGAGGUGCGUAUGUCUCCAAUACACCUCGACCCUCUUCAAAUUUGGCAGGUAGGUGCCCCCAUUCGCAUCUACCUGGACAAUUGAAGCAUCGACGCCAGCCCAUGGCUCUUCCAGCCUGCCCGUCGUCCCUUCUUGAACGCGCACUCCCGCGGCCUAGUGGAGGUCGCGAAAA